AUGGUGACAGCGGGGAAAAGCGGAGGCUCCAUCGUCAACAUCUCCUCCCAGGCAUCGCUGCGUCCUAUUGACGGCCAUUUGGCGUAUUGCAGCGCAAAAGCCGGGCUGGACAUGGCGACGCGGGUGAUGGCAAGGGAAUGGGGCCCGAAGGGGGUACGCGUCAAUACCGUCAACCCGACGGUCGUGCUCACGGAUAUGGGCAGAGAGAACUGGUCGGACGCGGCGAAGGCGGGCCCAAUGUUGGCGCAGAUCCCGUUGCAGCGCUUUGCCGAGCCCUCCGAGGUGACAUCAGCGGUGCUGUACCUGCUCAGCUCGGCGUCGUCGAUGACCACCGGGGCCGUGCUGCCCGUCGACGGCGGCUGGUCGGCCAAU